AUGUCGUGGAUGCGACAGCAGCCCAAUGGCAAUUCCAACUACCUUAACGGUAACGACGCGCACCUCAGCAGAUUCAAUUUCGAGGACAGCAGCAGGGAGACUAGCGACGCAGAGCGAAGUAGAUCGAGGGGGCCUGGAGGAUAUGGCGGGUUUGGCAGGCCCUCGCCGGUAGGAAGAGUAGCACGGUUGAACCGGGGACAUGCACAACGGAGGAGCCAGGAAUUCAAUGAUAGCAGGAGCAGAAGCAGACCAGAUGGGGCGCGAUAUGGCCCUGCAAGCGGCCAGGUCGAAGGUGAGUUGUGGACAGCUACAGCCCCUUCCCCAGAGCCGAUGCGCCUUCCCUCUGUCCGCGAGGGCGAGUGCCUCGAGACUACCUUGUGUGGAGGAACCUUUAUUCGCAAUGGCAGAAGCUUCCUCUGCGCAAACAUUCCAAUCCCUCCACACUCCGCAAUACCCGAUCCGCCAUGCACAUACAAACUGUCGCUUCAACAUGGCCGUCCCGUUUCGAAUGCACACUCACCAGUUGGACAGACAUCCUGCGCUUCAUCGAGCAGCAAUGGUCUUUCAUGGCCGACGAGAGUUGCAACCCCGUCAAGGUGGCCUUGCAGCUCAUGGACCCAUCCUCUCUAGGCCUAGCAGACCAGUACGGCCAGUUCCAGAAAGUGCACAAGCAGCUACAAGAUGCUUUGAAAGUCAUAGUCAACGAGCACCAUCAGGGAUUCAACAGCAGCAUCGGCACCUUUCACAAGAUCCAGGCCGCUAUUCAGGCGUCGCAACUGCGAGUAAGGAAUUUGAGAGCAGGACUGAUGCAGGCCAAGGCAAGCUUGGCGAGCGCGAGGCCGGAGUUGAAGGCAUUUGCACAAAGUAGUCAGAGCUACGAUCAGAUGCUGCAGGUUCUGGGCACUAUCGAGCAAUUGCAGCAAGUGCCAGAAUUUCUCGAGGCGCAGAUCUCUGAGAAGCGAUUUCUCGGUGCCGUGGACACACUACAAGAGGCGCUGCGCCUCAGCCGAAAGCCAGAGAUGGAAGAGAUCGGGGCUUUGAGUGACCUGCGGGUAUACUUGAGCAACCAGGAGCACUCUUUGACCGAUAUUUUGGUCGAGGAAUUGCACAACCAUCUCUACCUGAAGAGCCCUUAUUGCGAGGAGAGAUGGAAGUCGCAUCAGAAGCAUGACAUGUCGGACGCUACGCUGGACGACGGCGAAAGGGCGAUGCAUCAGUUUCUGGAAACAUUCGACGGCUCAAAGCCCAUGCUUGAAGAUACCACCCGCAACCCCGAGGCGGACACCUUUUCUUACAUCCAGCUACUUGUCGAGUCACUAAACCAGAUGAAUAGGUUGGAUGUAGCCGUGGACGCGAUUGAACAUCGUCUUCCCGUAGAGCUUUUCACUGUCGUGGAGCGAUCUCAUCGAGAGGUGGAGCAGAGGCAUCCGGCCAUAAUGCGCAACGCUGCGAGAAGCCAGCGAAAGAAAAUCGGCGUCAACGAAGGCCCUGACGCCGAAAGGAAAGCAACUCUAGAGGACUUGCUCACAACACUGUUUGCGAAGUACGAAGCGAUCGCAGAAGGGCACCGCAUCUUCCACGAUGUCACGGCCGCGAUCAUCAAGCGGGAAGGACACGAAGACGGGACAACGUUGAACAGGAGUUUCCGUGAGCUGUGGAAGCUCUUGCAGAGCGAAAUCAGAUCUCUGUUGCAUGAUCAUUUAGCCACAAAUGGCAAUCUCGGACAUCGAUCACGGCAGGAGAAUGACCCAAGCGCGAACAUUUUUAGGCCACAGCCUCGAGAUCGCAGCCGAAGGCUGUUCAAGAUGGCUGAUACGGACAGUAAAUCCACUGAGCUCGCGACGGAAAGGGAAGAUCUCGAAUUCAUUCUUAAACAGUCAGUACCUGGGCUAGUAGGCAGCAAUGCGCAGAAUACGAAGCAGGAUAGAGACACAAUCACCGACGUUUCUGCGACUGGACACAAACUCUUGGUCGAACCAAGCGUAUUCAACAUGGCAAUAUUGCUGAAGCCAUCUUUGGACUUCUUGACCCGGCUGAAAGACGUUGUACCUCCAGGCUCAGGCGUCGUGUCAAGCACACUCACUUCCUUUUUGGACGACUUCCUUGUCAAUGUCUUCUACCCACAACUCGAUGAGACAUUGCUCGAGAUGUCGAGCCGCACUAUGAACGAGAUGGAUGCGUUCCAAGUCGACACCAAAUGGCAACAACGAUCUCACAAGCCGAUCUUUCGAGGGACAGCACGGUUCUACGAGCUCGUCGAAGCCUUUUGCGUUAUGCUGGACAGUUUACCUCACGACCAGAGUUUCAGUCAGCUAAUCAUCACACACAUGAGAACAUAUUACGACAGAUGCUACCAAUGGUCAAAAGGUCUCUUGCAGCGAGCACAGUUGGCACAAGAAGGAACCGUAAAAAUGAGGUUGGCGGCGCAAUUAGCGACAUCUGGCAACAUCAACCCUGUUGUUAUCGAGCUGACGAAGGCCAAUGAAGACCAGGCGGCAGUCCUCGCGGAGAAGGAAACGGCUCUCCUGCUCAGAGAGAUCAAGACCAAGGCCUUAGAGGAAGCAGACUUAAUCAAUGACCGGAAGGCACUCGCCGCACUUUGCACGCUGCAAGUGAGCAUGAAGUGGCUAGCUUCUCGCUGCCAGAAACUUCGAUAUAUUUCUCCGCGUGCAGUCGACACGUCCAACCUGCAGACUCAUGAUCGCAGGAGAUGGACGCAGAAUUUCAAUCAGCACAACACACCGAACGGACCAUAUUUGCCACUGGAUCAGCAAACUGCAGAGGGCUUUGACGCCGUCCUCGUCUCUUUCACAGAGCUAUCGGCAUUGAUCCUCCGCACAUUACACAUCGACAUUCGACUGCACCUGCUGCACGGUAUAUACACUGCUCUCGACACCACUUACGCUCUUGGGCAGCCGUAUAACGACCCAGACGCCGCUACCAUUAACCUCAGCGAGUCUAUUGGAACGUACGACACUGCAAUCUCUAACAACUUGCUACCACAACAGUACGCCUUCUUGACUUCACACCUCGACGUCUUGGCGAACAACGCCCUUGUCUCACUCGUCGGCUGUAUUCAAGCACUUGACAAGUAUGGCAUUGACCGCAUGGGGCUCAACAUUCUAGUCUUGCAACAGACGCUCAAGACGGCGAUACAACAAGAUGCAAGCUUAGAAUAUGCUGCGGGCUUCUACGCCUUAUCCGACCCCGACAGGAUCGUGAACGACGGUGUGAAGGGUGGGUAUGCGAAGGAAGAUCUCAAGGCGCUCAUGCGGCUUUGUUGGGAUGCUCAGAGGGAUAGUCACGGGGGAAAUGUUGAAGAGUGGGUGGCAAAGAUUGGAUAG